AUGUUUCAGCCACAAUGCUAUUGCCCUUUGGACCAUGCUGAUCUCUGUGUGUCUCAGAUCGUGCUACCGGCCGUGUUCGUCCUGGUUGCUCUGCUCUUCAGUUUCAUUGUUCCUCCGUUUGGGAAAUACCCAGCGCUACAACUGCAGCCCUGGAUGUAUGGAGAGCAGUUCACCUUUUUCAGCCAUGACGCCCCUGGAGACCCCUCCAUGGAGAACCUCCUGGAGGCUCGGCUGGACCAGCCGGGGUUUGGGACCAAGUGCAUGGACACGGCCGACCAAGGGGAGCCCAGCCACGACUCCGUGAAGCUGAUCAAGUUCGCGGACGACACCACCCUCAUUGGACUCAUCUCCAACAACGAUGAGUCCGCCUACAGGAGGGAGGUGGACCGGCUGGUGUCCUGGUGCAGUGGUAACAACCUGGAGCUGAACGCCCAGAAGACAGUGGAGAUGAUUGUGGACUUCAGGAAGAGCACUGUCCCCCCGCCCCCACCCUCCGUGAUGGACUCCCCCAUCACCUCUGUGGAGUCCUUCCGUUUCCUGGGCACCACCAUCACCCAGGACCUCAAGUGGGAGCCGACCAUCAGCUCCCUCAUCAAGAAGGCCCAGCAGAGGAUGUACUUCCUGCGGCAGCUCAGGAAAGCCAAGCUGCCUGCACAGAUGUUGGUGCAGUUCUACACGGCCAUCAUCGAGUCCAUCCUCACCUCCUCCAUCACCGUGUGGUUCGCUGGAGCCACAGUCAGGGACAAACAGAGACUACAGCGCAUUGUGCGCUCUGCAGAGGAAGUGAUCGGCCGCAGCCUUCCAUCGCUGCAGGACCUGCAGGAGGCUGCGGUCCAUCAGGACUAG